AUGGACUUCCUAAAGCCUAUCAGCUUCUUUGCUUGUCGCAAACCUGCGCUGUCUUAUGUCUCGGUGGAAAUGACCACUUCCGUCCCUUGGGACCCUUAUGACCUGGAAUCCUCUUGCAUCAAACAAAAUCUACGACGUGAAUAUCAAGGGGACAUUGCCACUCAACAAAUCUAUUCUGUUGUCCGCUCUGAUCCCAACUACCGCUCUAUUUGCCCACUCGCUCUUCCUAUCGCUUUAGGGGACAGAGUUGAGGCGACCAUCAAUAGUGUUAAAUCCGAUGGCAAGAGCUAUUUGGUCAAACCUGAACAACUUGCGCGAAGAUGGCGAAUCAGCCUUGAAUGUGCCCGUCGCACUCUCAAGAAAACAACCCAGCUCGCUUUGCGGGACUGGACUAAAGUCAAAGGCUCAAGACCAUUUGGCCCCACUCAAUUCCAACUUGAAUAUCCUAGGUUGCGUGCUGACAUUUGGGCCGAUAUCAAACAAGGCCCCUGUGUUUCUGCUGAAGGAAAGAAGUAUGUUGCUGUCUAUGCUGCUGCCUGUCAAUGGGCCCGUGGCUACGCUUUGAAGAAAGAAUCUGAAGUGAGCAACUCGCUCAAGGAACUUUUUCGUGAUAUUGGCUUUCCAAGAGUUCUCCGACCUGAUGAUGCUCAAUCGUUGACUGCUGGAGAAUUUUGA